CUCGACGGCGAGUGCUGCAGGCGGUGUGUGUGAGCGUGCGACGGACACCGAAAUAUCUCCACGACGGCUUUCCUAACAUCUCAUAUCAACGCAGCAAUGAACCCACUAUUUCUGUAGAGGUGGUUUUUGUCUCACAUAUGGAUUGAACAAUGUGAGUGUGAUCGGAGGCAGCUGCACUCCAAUGGUCGAGGACCUCACCUCACUUCAUUAGAAUGUACUUGAUGAAUGUACCUCCUGUCGCAGCGACGCCAACAAAAUGGAGAACAUGUGGCCCACCUGGAGGCUAUAGCCUUCCAAUCUGCUUCAAUGACUCUGACACCGAGCUGUCCACCAGAGGCACACCUAUCUCAGAUAAGGUCCAGAUGAUCAUAGAGAGCCUUAGGAGCACCCAGUCCUCACUCGAGAUGGGCGACGAGAUCGAGGAAAAUGUGCCACCAGGACACGACGGUCAUCCCCAACUCUGCAAGGUUGCAAUGGGUUCUUAUGUGGGCCAAAAGUCCAAAACUACAGGUUCCACCGAAAACCAACAGGCAGAUGUUACCUCCCCAAUCAACCAUGAGCUCAGUGACUCUGACAGCGAUGCUUCUGUGGACAGAGGAAUUGAGGAGGCUAUACUGGAAUACCUGAAGGAAAAGGAUGAUCACAAACGCAAGGCGGAACCAUGCUUAGCAUUUCUCCAAUCAUCCAAGAUUCCCAGGACAAGCUCUCCUGUUCCUGAGGAUUCCAACCAGAUCUCUGACAGCAAUACCUUUUUGAUUGCCAGUAGCCAGUUUCCAAAAAGUAUGGAAGCUGAGACUUCCACAGCACCAGCUGUUAUACCUAUAAAAAAGUAUAUCAAAAACAGGGCCCUCCUAAAUGACAACGCAGUUGAGAAAUUGGAUUCAAAUACAAGUACAACUAAUACAAGUCAAGCCUUGCCCAAAGAGCAGACAAAGCGGCUCUCUAAAACAAUCGGCCUUUUCGACAAAGUAAAGUGCCCGGUCACACUUAAGGUAGACGAAGUGUCAAAUGACUCCAGUAGUGACGACGGCAUUGAGGAAGCCAUUCAAAGAUACCAGCUGGAGAAAAAAGAGCAGCAGAACAAAACGGAAACUUUCUCUCCGCCUGCAUUCAGAGAAGAGUCUGACUCCACCAGUGAUGAUGGGAUUGAGGAAGCUAUUCGUUCCUACCAGCUUGAGCAACUCAGGGAGAAGAGUGUCCUGAAGCCAUUCUUACACGAGCAGAAACCCUUUACCAGUACAAGCACGGAAAACAUGAAGAAACACAGACUGAGAAAGAAAAGGACCAGAGCAGAGAAAGAAGCCAAAUCUGUUCAACUUCCUCCUCCUCCUGUUUUCAUACCCAAGAGUACACUUUUAGAGCGCUCGAAUGGUAAAGGAAAUGGAUUGCUUUUGUUUGAAGAAGAUGGUUUUAAGGAGCAACCUAGCCCUGCCCCUCCAAAGGUUAAUACAACUGUGGAGCUCAUGUGUGCUGAGGCAAUACUGGACAUUUCAAAAACUGUCAUGCCCGAGGCCUUCCAUCCCAGUGUUGGCCUCAGCAGUAGCACUCCUACCGAAUCUUCCUUGCAAUCGUCACCCCCUGACAACUGCCCAGAUGAAGACAGCGAUGGCACUUCCAUUGAUAGUGAAGAUGGGAUAGAGCAGGAAAUCAGGACAUUUCUUGAGCAGAAGGCCCAAAUGCACAAACAGAUGCCCGCUGCUGCGACUCAAGAGCCUCAGUGUAGAAAUCAACCGGAGAAAGUGAAAGUUGCAACCCAAAAGAAACCUUCAAGAUUGUCUUUGACACAGAGAAGAAAACAGAAAGAGGGAAGCUGUAGCAUUUCCAUCACGUCAGGGACAGAUAACAACGUCAAAGAAACGUCCCCGAGACCUUCACCUGAGCAUGGGCAAAAAUCCCAGAGAAGUCAAACACACCCAAUGGCUGGAUUAUAUAAGAUGGAGCAGAGUGGAGACAAAAGCAGCUCACUUGACAGCGAUGAGGACCUUGACAGCGCUAUUAAAGACCUGCUCAAGACAAAAAAGAAGUCAAAGAAAAAGACAAGAGACUUGAAGCGGAAAUCAAGGCUGUGUCCCAACGAUGAAGAACCACAGCUUGGAAAUGCUUUAGAGACCAAAAAGUUGAAACCUGAUCAUUUUUCCAAGCGCAGUCUUUUGAAAAACCUAGAAAAGAGUAAGAAUGACAUGAAAGACAAGGCUGGACUGAGUAAACAGAGCGUUUCACAACAUACACUUCCUAAUAAGAGUCAAGAGCACGAUGAUAUACAUGACGGUGAACCAGCAUUUGGGGGUCAAAACACCCCGUUGCCGCACAAUACUCAGACUACUCGUGAGGUAAAGGAAGACAGCAGUUCAGUAGACAGCGACGAUGGCAUUGAGCUAGAGAUCCAAAGGUUUCUUGCUGAAAAGGCCAAAGUCUCCACCGCAGAGAAAAGUAAAGGUGGAGAUGUAUCGAGGAAUGGUACUGUCGAGGUUUGUACAGCACUUCGAGGUGAAGACAUCAAACAGGAAAAUCAGCUGGCUGAGAUUCCAAUCAUCAGUCCUCUCUCUGGACAAUCUCCUCUGAGGAGUCGUCCUCUUCCAACGCCGCAAAGUUCGCCACCGGCGGACGUCUCCGCUGACGUUGCACAGUCACGCCUGCCAUCGGUCCAGUCCUGCAGCCCCAGCCUUUUGGAACCAGCGGAUGGGGCGGGAGCCGCUAGAAUCGAGCAAUGGAGGCCUCUCUCUGGGAGAGGGGACGGCCAGGAUGUCACCCCACAGAUCGAGAGGGUUCGGCCCGGUGUGAGUCCGAACAUUGCGGAGUCGAUCAAGUGGCGCCAGAGCCUUGGACUCCCAGCGACUGACCCUAGGACUACCAGUCGAACUGCGUUCCAUAUCACUUCAUCUAAAAUCAGCGAGACUGCAUCAGGAAGUCCAUAUCACAGCGGGGGGCACAAAUCACAGACUGCAGUCCCUUUUUGGUCCUCCGCAAGAACCAGCAGAGCACCUUUCCCCUGCUCUACAGAGACAAAUGUGAAUACCAAGUUCAGGUCCCCUGUUUUGAAUCAUUUGUCUACGGCCAGGCAGCAUCCAAGGACGCCCUUUGCACGGAGCCCUACGGAGAGUAUGGUGCACAUGUCUAAGGACAAGAGUGUGUUUGUUGAACUGGAGUCUAAUAGGACCAACCAUGUCCAGGUUCGGACCAGGGAAAGGAGCGAGGGAAAGGAGAAAGCAGACUUGCUAAGUGAGAUAAAAAGAGAAGACGAGAGCGUGAAGAUAGACGAUAAACGAGUGCAUCUAGAAGGAUCACAGGAAGAGUUUAUAGAUGAGGCAGAUUGUGAGUCAGGCAGCAGCAGAAAUCCAGAGAAGAAGCAGGGCUUUCCCACAUUGUCUUUGUCCAGUGCCAUUGACCCUGGCAUCAUCUUCAGACCUUGCAUAGCUCUUACCACAGAGGACAGAAGCAGGAUGUUCACCAGGAGUUACCAGGCUGAGAAAUGCAAGAAGGCGCUUCCUUCUCACGGUAGAGCUCCAGUGAAGAGAAAGGCUCUGCAACGUGUCAAAAGAAAGCUUCAGUUCAUUCCAGUGAACAGGGAAAAAUGAAGCACCCAGCCACCACAGCAUAACGGAAUAAAACUUAACACUGCAUUUGAUAGUGUUUGAUAUUACAGUAUGUGGG